CCCCUCCCUGUCCCCAGCGGUGCCACCUCUGUCCCCUCCUCUCCUCCCUGUCCCCUCCCUGUCCCCAAAUUCCGAUUCACCCCCGUGUCACCCUCGUGUCCCGUGUUUGUUUGUGUCCCUCCUGUCCCCUCCCUGUCCCUCCCCUGUCCCCGGCGGUGCCACCCCCGCUCCCUCCCCUCUGUCCCGCUGUCCCCUCUCUCUGUCCCCUCUGUCCCCUCUCUGUCCCCGAUGUCGCCUCCCGCCGCGUCCCGCGGUCCUUUGGCCGCUUUGGCCGCCGCCACGUCGUGUCCGCGCUGCGGGGCCGCGCUGCGGGACCCGGUGCUGCUGCCGUGCGAGCACCGCUGCUGCCGCCGCUGCCUGCUGCCCCCAAUGUCCCCCAUGUCCCCAAUGUCCCCCGGGCUGUCCCCGGUGUCCCCCGGGCCCCCCCCGGGCUGGCCCCGCUGUCCCCAGUGUCGCCGUCCCUGCGCCCCGGGCCGCGUCCGCACCGCGGUGGCGCUGGCGGUGGAGGCGCGGAUCGCGCGGCGGCUGGCGGGGGACAGCGGGGACACGGGAGGGGACAGCGGGGACAGGACAGGGGACAGCGCCGGGGACAGCACCGGGACACCGCGGGGACGCCGCAGGACCGGCAGGACCAGCCUCGGGGCCCAACUGCGAGCGGACGCCGCCCCUCCCCCACCCACGCGGGACCCCCCAAAAUAAACCCAAAAAACCUCAAAUAAACCCCAAAAAACCCC